UAUGUUCCAUAUACAUUACAGAUCAGCAGUGCUGUAGAUGAGGGAAGAUGGAUUCAGAGGAAUUAAAUAGUAAGAGUUCAGAUUGUAUGGCAGAAGAUGGUGAGAUUUUUGAAGUGGACCGAGUUAUUGACAUCAGAUGGGUGACAAAUGAUAAAGGACAAGAGAGAGUAGAAUAUCGGGUGCGGUGGAAGUAUUAUAAACCAAUUGAUGAUACGUGGGAGCCUCCAGAACAUUUUGAAGAAGAUUGUGGUGGUGUUCUGCGUGACUUCCAUGAGAAGUAUGAAAAGAUGAAAGAGGAUAAGCAUUUAGAGCAUAAGUGUCAACCUCAAACCCUUCGAGGACCAAUUUUCAUUUCAUUAUCACCAUAUUGUGAAUCGACUAAGGUUCUCAGGAUUAAGUUACAAAAAACUGUCUGA